UCGUACAGCCUGUGGAGGGAAUUGAGGCUAUCGGAUGGGAAGUAAAAAUGGCACGUCUGCGUUUGUAUUUUGGCUCGAACCGCAGCAACACCGCCCCGGAGAUACUGGAAGGAGACACAGAAGAGCAGCAGAGAGACAGUGAUGUAGCCACGGCGCUUCGCACUCCGGAACCUAUGACAUUAAGUCCUUUUCAGGAAUCCGCGGAGCAGCCAUUUCCUCCAUUGUCUUUUGGUCCGCGUACGGAACCGCUCCUUAAACGCAGUUCCUCCAUGUUCAUACCCCAGCUUGCAGCCUAUGCUGAGGCACGACCCACAAAAAGCUCCUCCAUGCUCAUCUCUCUUCAGCGCUCUGAUGGAGCAAGUAAUGGGGAUUCCAGUGGGCAAGUUGAUGAUGUCCCGCCACCCUGCUAUACUCCUCCCGGACCUGCGCCUACAUAUGCUGAAGCUUCUGGUCAAGCAAAUGUUCCGCGACAACCACCUCCUCCAUACUGCGGCCCAGAUUCUCCCAACUCGCAAAUGUUUGUGGGAGAGCCAAACUUUCUAAACCGCAGAGUCUAUAGCAUUGGUUCGAAUGGCCAUAAUGUCUACAGCAGAGGCCAGCCAGGUAUCAGUGUUGGUGGCAUUCGUAUUCGGAGGAACUCAACCGAUGGUACUGACAUACGGCAUCUUAGAAUAUUACCUUAUGGUCAUUCUGGUUGGACUGUCCAGCAGCAAUCCCCUGCUUCUAAUAGUGGAACUCAGAGACUUGUGUUUCAGCUCCAGCAAAACCAGAAUCAAGAGCUGAACCAAUGCAGGCAGCAAUCUGAUUUACCCCAGGAGGACCACACCAACGCUGAAUUUGUUAGCUCAAGCAGUGGGCGUCUGGUCCGUUACCCCAGAAUUAGACUGGAAAGAGGUUCAUCUCCACGUUUGCUAGAGAAUGCACCAGACAGUGUUCUCAAUAGCCACACUGCCGCUCCAGACAGCCAACCGAUAGAAGAGCAUCUAAGAAUGGACACAAGAUCUAAUGGUUGUACUUUUAAAAUCAGUGGAGAUACCCCCCCAAGGCAGCCCCAUCUCAAGAUUUACUUCACCCCAGGAGGACCUGAAGACCAGGAUGUGAAUCUUGGGGAUGAUUCAGACACAAAUAAUCCCAAGACCAGAGAUGAUUUCUUGGGACAAGUGGAUGUUCCUCUCAGUCAUUUGCCGACAGAGGACCCCGCCAUGGAGCGCCCCUACACAUUUAAGGACUUCCUGUUGCGGCCCAGAAGUCACAAGUCCAGGGUAAAGGGUUACUUGCGUCUGAAGAUGGCCUACCUGCCCAAACAAGGAGGGCAAGAGGAGGAAGCUGGAGAAAUGAGGGAGGAGACAGAGGGGUGGGAUGAAUCUGCAGAUUCGGGCUCGCAACGCCCCCAGCAGCUGCUGCCGCCAUUGCCUGCAGGCUGGGAGGAGAAGGUGGACAACCUGGGGCGCACCUACUACGUCAACCACAACAACCGGUCCACGCAGUGGAAACGGCCCUCCAACAUGGACGUGAUUUCGGAAACUGAGAGUGACAAUCGCCAGCGUCAGAUCCACCAGGAGGCGCAUCGUGUUUUCCGUUCAAGGCGCCACAUCAGUGAGGACCUGGAGAACGAACACAUGGAGCCGCGGGAGGUCGCUGACAAUUCCUGGGAGCUGAUAACAGAGGAAGACCCUAACGAUAACCUGGCCCAGUCCCAUCCUGGCACAUCCUCCGUGCUGACCCCACAGCCCCCGGCGACACCUGUUUCCCAGGAGUUCUCAGACGAUUUGAGCAUGAGGCUGUCUUUCACUCCCAACACCAACGGCGAAGUGCCUGGGCCUAGCUCGGUUCUGACCCAGUUGUCAAACCGACUGCGCUCUUCCAGUAUGACGGAUGGUGUUAGCGAUCAGGCCCAGCCUCCCCCUCUUGCGCAGCGUUCCCAUUCCAGAAGAACCAGAGCUCAAACAGUCUCAGGUGGUGAGGAUGCCACGUCUCCCACAGUGACCGCGUUCAACCUGACCACCCCGGGCCUGCCCCCUGGAUGGGAGGAACGGAAGGACGGCAAGGGAAGAACUUAUUACGUCAACCAUAACAACCGCACCACUACCUGGACUAGGCCUAUUGUGCAGUUGACUGAAGACGGAGCCAGCACCUCAGCAGCGGCGGCAUCACCGUCAGGGGCGACCGCCGCCCUGGCACCCGCACCCUCUCCCUCCUCCAAUGCCUCCUCUAAUGCCUCCAACAACCACCUCCAUGAGCCCCAAGUCCGACGACCUCGUAGCCUCAGCUCCCCCACUGUCACCCUCUCUACCCCCUUGGAGGGGGUAAACAACAUCCCGGCGCGGCGUGCAGUGAAGGACACCUUUUCCAACCCUCAGUCCCCACAGCCGUCGCCCUACAGCUCACCCAAGUCUCAGCACAAGGCCCAUCUGAGCUUCUUGCCGCCAGGCUGGGAGAUGAGGAUUGCCCCCAAUGGACGGCCCUUCUUCAUCGACCACAACAGCAGAACGACAACCUGGGAGGAUCCCAGGUUGAAGUAUCCUGUCCAUAUGAGAAAUAAGAACUCCAUGGAACCUGGUGAACUCGGCCCUCUUCCUCCUGGGUGGGAAGAGCGAAUUCACACAGAUGGACGUACCUUCUACAUUGAUCACAAUACAAAGAACACGCAGUGGGAGGACCCGCGACUUCAGAGUCCUGCUAUCACGGGACCGGCUGUUCCGUAUUCCAGAGAGUUCAAGCAAAAAUAUGACUACUUUCGGAAGAAACUGAAGAAGCCGGCAGACAUCCCCAACCGAUUUGAGAUGAAACUUCACCGCAACAACAUCUUCGAGGAGUCGUACCGUCGGAUCAUGUCGCUCAAAAAACCCGACGUUCUGAAAGCGCGCCUGUGGAUCGAGUUUGAGUCAGAGAAGGGCCUGGACUAUGGCGGCGUGGCCCGCGAAUGGUUCUUCCUUUUGUCUAAGGAGAUGUUCAACCCCUACUACGGCCUCUUCGAAUACUCUGCCACAGACAACUACACCCUACAGAUCAACCCCAACUCUGGCCUGUGUAAUGAGGACCACCUCUCCUAUUUCAAGUUCAUCGGACGUGUUGCGGGAAUGGCCGUGUUUCACGGGAAGCUACUGGAUGGUUUCUUUAUCCGACCAUUCUACAAGAUGAUGCUGGGUAAACAGAUUUCCCUGAAGGACAUGGAGUCUGUGGACAGUGAAUACUACAACUCCCUCAAAUGGAUCCUGGAGAACGAUCCCACGGAGCUCGACCUGCGGUUUUGUAUUGACGAGGACAAUUUUGGACAGACAUAUCAGGUGGACCUCAAGCCCAGCGGCUCAGACAUGGUGGUCACAAAUGAAAACAAGAAGGAAUACAUCGAUCUGGUCAUCCAGUGGAGGUUUGUCAAUCGGGUUCAGAAGCAGAUGAAUGCCUUCCUGGAGGGCUUCACUGAGCUGAUCCAAAUAGAUCUGAUCAAGAUCUUUGAUGAAAAUGAACUGGAGUUGCUCAUGUGCGGCCUGGGCGAUGUCGACGUCAAUGACUGGCGGCAGCACACAGUUUACAAGAAUGGCUACUGUCCCAACCACCCAGUCAUCCAGUGGUUCUGGAAGGUUGUGUUGUUGAUGGACGCUGAAAAGAGGAUCCGACUCCUCCAGUUCGUUACAGGAACGUCGCGGGUACCCAUGAACGGCUUUGCUGAGCUUUAUGGUUCCAAUGGCCCUCAGCUGUUCACUAUUGAGCAGUGGGGAACGCCGGAUAAGCUCCCCAGAGCCCACACGUGUUUCAACCGUUUGGACCUUCCCACCUACGAAUCCUUCGAGGACCUGCGGGAGAAGCUGCUCAUGGCUGUGGAGAACGCGCAGGGCUUUGAGGGAGUUGACUAGACGGGAAGCCUCCGACAAACGAAAAACGCCAUCAAAACCAACCUCCCGAUUUAUGGGAAUUAACAAACGGGAAAUACGACAACAAAAAAGCGUCCAAACCAGCUGUUGUAGCAUGCGGUUAGCCAACGCCCGACUGUUAGCCAUACACAUCUGUACAGUGAGUCGACAUGCCCACUGCAUCUUUCAACGUGGGGAUAGGUUAGAGCGUGGCCGCCCCAGCAGGGAAGGGAGAGGAUUGAAUCCCCUGGCAUGAGCAUGAGAUACCAUCCCGUCACCACUACGUCCUGUGGAAGCACUAUUACUAACCACGACUAACAUUUCACCACCCUAGCUAGCGCUGCAGCCAAGGCCUUAACACGGCCCCUAACACCGGAUUACCUUAGCGUUCGAUCCAACUAGCCAAUUUCACUUCAGGAAAUUUGCCACACCCCUUCUCCUAUGUUGCCACAGGAGCCUUUUUGUCGAUUUACGGGAGGAUUUGUUUUGUUUCUUUUAUAUAUAUACACAUACAUACAUAUAUAUAUACAUAUAUAUAUAUAUAUAUAUAUAUACAUACAUACAUAUAUAUAUAUAUAUAUAUAUAUAUAUAUAUAUGGUUGUUGUUUUUUUAAAUCAUUGGUAUGAUUCCUUCAGGAAAUAUGACGUCUUUGUACUGAUGUUUACUAUUUGGACAACUCUCAUAGAUCACGCGAAAUGAAGUGCAAAUGGAAAAAAAAAAACUCCAUAUCCUUUGUUACGUGAUAAAUAGCAAAUGUGUUAAAUAAAUCUUUUUUUUGUUUGUUUGUUUUGUUAAUAUUAUUGUUAUCACUACUCUGAAUAUCGUCGUAGUGCUCCGAAAGCAGCAUGAAAAUGACAAAAUGUACUUGGCUCAUGAUUCGGACAUUCGGAGCUAGUUUCUGCAAGACUAUCAUGAUAUAAAUAGUCUCGGCUUGUUCAUAAUGCUGUAAAUCGCUCUCUUUUUUUCAUGAUAUAUAAAUGUAUGUAUGCAUUACUUUUAACAGAAGUAUUACCGAUCAACACUAAAAAUGAAGUGUAUGUAUGUGCGCGUGUGUGUGUGGGAGAAAGAGACAAGCUGUGAUUUAAAACGCUUGAAUAUUAUUACAAAGUACAAAGAAAAUGGAAAAAAAAAAAAAAAAAAACUUCUUGUUCUAACACCACAGAACGUAAAGGGCACUUUAUACAUUACUGAGGUCACCUGUGUCGUCAACUUUUGAAUGUGAUUCUAUUUCAUAUGCAGCGCUUAGCCGGUGCAAUAGAACCCAAACUAACGUGGUUAAGCUGCUAAACCAACCACAUUUUGGGGGGGGGUUGAAAAUGACUUUAUUUCCACUUCCUGCUGUUGCCGCCCUCUCGGUUGCCAUUUAUUCUUUCUUAUGUAUGUUUCUGCUUAUUUUUCUAAAAUCGGUGGCAUGUCAAAUUUCUUAAAAAGACGCCACUGUUCUCUGCGCUCAACUCUUUUGUGCUUCAUUUAACUUCAGUCCAAUAAAAGUGAAACUUCUGUCAA